UAUCUCAACACUGCCAUUAAAUCUGCUCUUUCCUCACAGCCAUUCUGUACAGUUCCAGCUCAACCCACCGACACAAAGCACACAGCUACAGCUCUACCUACCACAGCGCCGUUAGCAGGAACCUUAGUGGUGGAAGCUGCACCGAAUGUCCCGGAUCUUCUGGGGGACGUCCCCUUCACCCUGGCUCCUCAUGUUCUGGCCAUGCAGGCGGGGUUCCCCCUAAUUCCUGACGUGCUGCUGUCCCGGGACAUAAACUAUAACCUGGCUAGUUUUCAGUACGACUUCACUUUAGAGAACUCUGUACUUCAGAAUGCCUAGUCUGUUUAAAUUUGAAAACCGGCUCUGUCAUCAGGAGUUCACACUGUAGGGAGCUUGGCUGAUUGUUGGUUAUGUGAGAUGUUCCAGGCCUACAAUAUAGUUAACAAGCAAGAUUAUGUAGCAUUAUGAGCAAGUGAAAGUCCACUAAAAUUACAUAAAACAUAAAAUAAGUAGUAGAAUUGACAAGCAUCAAAUUUAUGAACUCUUUAUCCAUUUUCUACUUUCAAUGUAGAGGCGUUGAAAUUAACGUUGGGAGGGACACAAGGGCCAUCUCACUGACUGUACAAAUGAUGAUGUUGAAAAGCUUUAUGGAACUUAAUGAACUCCUGUUGAGUUGCUCUCAACAUGAGCACAGUUAUUACAGAUAUGGGCCUGGUUGUGAUUGAUUAAGACAUCAUGACUGUGAAGUCCUUAGGCACACUGCAGAUACAGUGAUGCACAGUGCGUUAUAUUGAUGUUGUGAAUUACAGUUUAUUAAAACUUGGGUUUCUAUCAGUUCUGAUACCUUUGCAAGACAUUUGCUGAGAUCUGGGAACAUUGCUGUAAAAAAGUCCUGAGAGGUGAAGUCAAAAAUGAUCAUUUGAUUACUUGAAUUCUGCUACUAGCACCGAACCUAAAAGGUUCAGAUAAAAUAUGUGUUAGGUUGUUUUGAAACAGAGCUCGACAAUUUGGACUGCCCCCUUGCCUGGGACAAGUAAAGAAUGCCAUGUUGGGCUAGUUAGAACUGCAGUAGGUAACUUUUAUUAAAAAAAUAACUUUUUGUCAUAUUUGCUGAAACUUUCACUUUAUCUUAACAGUAGUACAUGAGACAGAUAAUCUGUAAAAAAAAAAAAUCUGGCCUGAACAAAAACAACCAAUCAAAAAAAAUAGUUUCGUGAAAAUUACCUACUGCAGCUUUAAAUAUGUUUUGUUUAUUUCUGUUCCCGUUUUGUGGUUCACACUAAUGCACCUUAAUGCUGGUUGCCAGCAUUACAGUUGAGUGUAAUUAAUUUGCCAAAAAAUAGACAUAACACCCAAUAAAAGUUAAAGAUGAAUUUGACUGA